UUAUCACUGCAAUUGCCUUAUCAAAGGUCUCCAAUUUUUCAAAAUUUAUCGUUUUACGACGGCUUUAUUUGCGUCGUAUUGCAGUUUAGUUUAGUCGCUAUGGGUUUUCUCCUGGAAGAUUCCUGGACGGAGGUCCUCCUCCUGUCGGCCAUUUUAACCCUCCUCGUGCUCCACUACUUCCACAACGCUUACAAAUACUGGGAACAGAGAGGAGUCCCAACCAUCAAACCGACUUUUCCUUUAGGAAACGGCGACACUCUCCUCCCGGAAGGCUUCUCAGUCGGGAUGCUGAGUCGCAAGUUUUACGAAGAGUUGAAAAAAAGAGGGGAAAAAUUCGGGGGUGUUUAUCUAGUGACUCAGCCGAAUUUGGUACUAGUAGAUCCUGAGUACGUCAAGGAUAUCCUAGCCACAGAUUUCCAGUAUUUCGUCGAUCGAGGGUUCUAUUACAAUGAGAAGACUGAUCCUCUCAGUGCACAUUUGUUUGCCUUGGAUGGUACCUCCUGGAGGAACCUUCGAAUUAAGUUAACUCCAACUUUCACCUCCGGAAAAAUGAAAAUGAUGUUUAAGACAGUGGUGGAGUGUUGUGGGUACAUGAGGGACGCUAUUGGGGCCACUCUUGACCGGGAUUUGGACAUCAAAGACAUUUUGAGUCGGUAUACCACCGACGUGAUUGGUUCCUGUGCCUUCGGGAUUGAAUGCAACAGUUUCAAGUACCCAGACGCCGAGUUCAGGAAAAUGGGCAAAAAAGUCUUCUCUUUUGGUUUCUGGCGCUCUUUUUGCUCCUUCUGCAUCAUCUACUUCCCCAAGUUGUCGCACCAUUUGGGAGUACCAACCAACGAGAAAGACGUCCAAAAUUUCUUCACUGGAAUAGUCGCCGAAAGUGUGAAAUUGCGUCAAGAGCAAAAUAUCAAACGCAACGACUUUUUGCAGCUUUUGAUCGACUUGAAGGACCAUUUGAGUUUGGGUGAGAUGGCGGCGCAAGUGUUUUUGUUUUUUGCCGCCGGUUUUGAAAGUAGUUCGACGACUAUGACGUUUGUUUUGUAUGAAUUGGCCAAAAAUGCGGAAGUUCAGGAAAAGUUGAGGAUUGAAAUUCGAAAAAUUUUGGACAAGCAUCAAGGACUCACUUAUGAGGCUAUUAUAGAAAUGAAGUAUUUGCAACAAGUGAUUGAUGAAACUCUGAGGUUGUACCCACCUCUAGCCACCCUAAAUCGGCGCUGUAUCAAAGACUACACCCUCCGCAACACCAAUAUAAAAAUCGAGAAAGGGACGUCGGUUAUAAUACCAUCGCUUGGGCUACACAUGGAUCCGGAGUUUUACCCGGACCCGGAAAUCUUUAACCCGGAGAAUUUUAGUGAGGAGAAUAAGCAGAAGAGACCAAAUUUUGUCCAUUUGCCUUUUGGUGAUGGUCCCAGGAACUGCAUAGGUUUACGUUUUGCCCUAAUGCAGUCCAAAAGUGGCAUUGCAACAGUGAUUAAUCAUUUCAGACUUAGUGUUAGUCCAGCCACCAAACCACUCAAGUUAAAUCCACAUUCCUUCAUUUUGAAUACUUUUGACAAGAUUUAUUUGCGGGCCGAGAAAUUGGCACAACUGAAAUCUAGAAGACCUUUUUGGACGGAAAUACCACAUAUUGAAACUUGCAACAUCAAAGAUGAAUGGCGCAGGCAGUGGUCCAAUCUGAAAAUCUUUAACAAGAACCUGGUAGAAGAUCCAACUCUUGCAGUACCCGGAAUGGAUCAACCUAGAUGGUGCAAUUGCAUCAUUCGCGUCAAAAUGAGUGUUUUUACCGAAUUGUGGCUAGAAAUUUUCCUCCUCUUCACACUUUUUUUCUUAAUUUUGAUCAACUACUUCAAUUACUGUUACCAAUACUGGUCAAAAAAAGGCGUUCCAACAAUCAAACCGCGCUUUCCCUUAGGCAACACCAACAUCAUCCUCCCCCAAGGCCUGUCAAUUGGCACCUUAAGCAAGCACUUCUACGACGAGUUCAAAGCAAAAGGUCACAAAUGCGGGGGUGUCUACCUUGUGACCCAACCAAAUCUGGUGGUGGUGGACCCCGAAUACGUCAAAGACAUCAUGUCGAAAGACUUCCAACAUUUCGUCGAUCGUGGGUUUUACUACAACAAAAAAAACGACGUUUUGAGUGCACAUUUGUUCGCCAUCGAUGGCUCGGAUUGGAGGAACCUCCGGAUUAAACUAACCCCGACUUUCACCUCCGGAAAAAUGAAAAUGAUGUUUGAGUCAGUGGUCGAGUGCUCCAAGCACAUGAUUCAAGCUUUGGGGGAAAAUCCGGGGGUUGAUGUGGAGAUUAAGGAGGUUUUGGGGCGGUUUACCACCGAUGUGAUCGGGACUUGUGCCUUUGGUAUUCAAUGCAAUAGUUUCAAAUACCCGGAUGCUGAGUUCCGGAUGAUGGGCAAAAAAAUUUUUGAGUACGAUUUUUGGAAGUCCAUUAAGGCAUUUUUUUCGAUUAAUACCCCAAAAGUGGCGCUACAAUUGGGCUUAACGUCAACACCAAACCAAGUUAUAGAUUUUUUCACAAAGAUUGUGACAGAUGCGGUAAAAAUGCGUGAAGAAAACAACAUCAAAAGAAACGAUUUUCUUCAAAUUUUAAUUGAUUUGAAGAAUACCACAAGUUUGACAGUUGACGAAAUGUCGGCUCAGGUUUUCCUCUUUUUCGUGGCCGGUUUUGAGACAAGUUCCACGACCAUGACUUUUGCUCUAUACGAACUUGCCAAAAAUGAAGAAAUGCAAACGAAAUUAAGACACGAAAUUUGCCAAAUUUUGGCCAAAAACGACCACCAAAUCACGUAUGAGGCCCUCAAAGAGAUGAAAUAUUUGCAACAAAUUAUUGAUGAAACUUUGCGCAAAUACCCACCUUUACCAACACUAAAUCGUCGAUGUACCAAAGACUACACUCUUCGUGGCACCGAUAUUAUCAUUGAAAAAGGCACUCCGGUCCUAAUUUCGGCUUUGGGGCUACAUAUGGACCCGGAGUUUUACCCGGACCCGGAAAAAUUCGACCCGGAACGGUUCACGGAAGAGAAAAAAAAGGAGAGACACCCAUUUGUGCAUUUGCCUUUUGGUGAUGGGCCCAGAAAUUGCAUUGGGCUGCGUUUUGGGGUCAUGCAAUCAAAAAUUGGAAUUAUCACAAUUAUAAAAAAAUUCAAGUUGACGGUUAGUCCGAAUAUGAAACCAGUGGUGUUUAAUCCUUACGUUUUUUUGUUGAAUAUUAACGACAAGGUUUAUCUGCGAGCUGAGAAAUUGUAGUUUGUAAAAAAAUGAGAAAUAAAUAUUUUGUGUCAAAUGA